AUGAAUACAUUUAUAUUGAAUUGUGAAUCAUUAUGUUGUUUUAUUGCAAGCUUAUUUCCUAAAGUAUUCUGUACUUUCACAUUGACUUGGUCAUUAUAUGUUAUACUAUUUAUAAUGGAUAAUCAUUUGUUGAUUAAUUUAAUAUUAAUUGGUUUAUACAUACUAUGUUUAUAUACAUACUACAAAAUUAUUUAUAUUGGACCUGGUUCACCUUUAGAUUAUGCAGAUUUAAGAAUAAAUAUUCAAGAAAAUCCUUACGGAGAACUAAAUCAACAAUCACCUCCAAAUUUUAUGCAAUUACAUACUUUAAAAUUUGGUGGUUCGCAAGGUUUCAGAUGGUGUUCAAAAUGUAAUUGUUGGAAACCGGAUCGUACUCAUCAUUGUUCAAGUCUGGGUAAAUGUAUUUUAAAAAUGGAUCAUUAUUGUCCUUGGUUUUCAACUUGUAUUGGAUUUUUUAAUUAUAAAUUUUUUAUACAAUUUUUAGCGUAUGUGGCGAUAUAUUGUUGGAUUGUUUUUAUAAUAACAUUAAUCCUGUUAUGGAAUUUCUUUACUCAAGAGACUUUUCAAGAUGAAUUUUUAUCAAUAAAUGUCGUGAUACUAUGUGUAUUGGCAUUUGCAUUUGGUAUAUCAUUAAUUAUAUUUUUAGGAUUCCUGGUAUAUUUAAUACUAAGGAAUUUAACUACAAUUGAAUUUCAAGAAAGAAGAUGGAAUUUUAGAGGUGGAUCUGGGAAAGAGAACAUGUUUGAUUUGGGAUAUAAGAAAAAUUGGGAAUCAGUAAUGGGAAACAAUAUAUCUACAUGGUUAUUUCCAAUUUCAAUAACGAAUCAUGAUCCAAAGGGAUACCUUUCAGGUAUAAACUUCCCAGUAAAUCAAGAUAUAUACGAAGAAUUGUGUCAUAAUGCAGAAUUACAAGAACAAUUAAAUAGACAACUUAAAAAUUAUCGAAGAUGA